AUGUCGUCCGAAAAUCAAAGUUCAUCGGGUAAUGCCGAGGGAAGUGGUACCUUAAUUCAUCAGGAACAAUCCGAAGGAACUUUGAACCUUGAUGUUGGUUCAACGGAUACGAAUAAACUUCAUGAUCCCCAACAACCUUCACAAUCUGAUUCGAUCACCAAUGCGGAACCUGAUACAAGUGACAAGUCUAAGGAUGAUGAAAAGGACAAGGGUGAAUCCGUCGACAAAAAGAAAAAAGGCAAGGAUGCUGAAAAGGACAAGAAUGAAUCCGUCGACAAAAAGAAAAAAGUCAAGGAUGCUGAAAAUGAAUCUAGUUCUAAUGAUAGUAAAAAGAAUAAAAAUGAACUCAAUAUGAGGGAAGAUGGAAACGAUCUCAUGAAUGAGACUGCUAAAACUCAGGCCAAUGAUACACACUUUCGUCCUCGCGUUGACAAACUCGUUUCAUCUUCUCGCGCGACACUUUUGGCAAACCAAUUUUCACUCAUUCCUGAGGAACUUUGUGUAGAAGUUGCAGAAAUAUUUAAAGCGAAAGCCUUGUUAUUGCUUAAACAUCGUAGUAUCGAAUGGGAUAAAAAUAACUCGGAAGCAAUUCUUCAAAUUCUCAAGGAUCCUCAACUCGAUUGGUCCAAGGACGAAUUUUUAGAAGCCAUGGGACGUGUUUCUCAAUCAUCAAAGCAUAAUUUACUUUUAACUUUUCCACCUCUAUUGAACUAUUGGUUUGAUUCCAGAUUUAAAACUUUAAAAACAAACAAGCUUCCCGAGAUUUGUAGAAACUGGUAUUUCCAUUUAAUCGAGCUUAUCAAUGGAUCUGAUUUACAUGAUUCUAAUGAUUCCAAGUUCAUCUUUGCAAUUUAUAAGAACUUGUCAGACAUCUUCCCGAUAGUUGGAAAGUACGAAAAUAUCUUUAAUGAUAUGUUGAAAGUUACAGUUGAUCAUGUUAUGAAUUGUGCUGUGUCUGAUAUCUUGAGUGUCACACCACAAAUUGCAACUUUGGAAAAAGAAAUUUCUGUAUCAUAUGGAGAAAUGGUCAAGACCAUGUUAAGGAAAUCUGUGCACAAAAUAGAUAAUAACCUGAUAAAAAUUUUGUUACAAGUAUGCGGCUGUGACAAUGAAAUUCUAGAUAUACAAAGCGCCUUAAGCGAAGAUAUCGUGUGUAGUGUGAUGACGAAUUUAGAGGCCAAAGGUGACAUUGUUAAGGAUCACACCAAGUUAUCAACUACCAUCUUAAAUUUACUUAACACUUUUCGAUUUUGGAGAUUAAUUUUCAACGCAACAGGUCGCGUUGAAAAGUUGUAUUCACAUCCUUACGUUAAGCAAGUUCAAAGAUACAUUCAUGAAUUUGCCAAGGUAAUGAUCGGAGAGGACAUAACGUUACGUUCACUAAACGAGAUCCUUAAAUAUGAUACCGACAUCUUGCAUCAAUUUUUUAAUUUUUCAAUAAACAACAAGGAGGUCAUCAGCAAAGAUUUGAUCAAAAAACAUCGAAAAGAUUGUCAUGGAUAUUUGUUGAGAAUGGAUCAAUUAAGAACGUUUUAUGAUCGUUUUUGCCCAAUAGAUAAAGUUAAAGAUGUUCAAAAGUUUCUCGACGAUAUCACCAAUCGUAACAAUAAUUUGGAGUAUCUUGCGCUUAAAGAUGCUUUAUCUGAUAAUCAUUGGGGGAUCCACAAGAAAAACAUGAAUAGCUCUAGACGUGCACAUAGGAUAGCGAAUUCGCACGGGGGAAGGAAGUUCAGAUUUAAAACCAUUGCCUGA